GUCAUCAGAACCGACAUCAGGGUCACAAGGUGAAUGGCAUGAAAUGCCAGCCUGUGUUGGGCUGUCAGACCGACUGUGUUGUAACUCCAGCAAGGGAAAAUUGCUCUCUGAGGUUUGCUCAGGAGUUUUGAAGGAUCUAACUGAAGAAAUAACUGAAAUGGAAACUCAAAUCUAGACGGAAAUAGGAAAGAGGUUCCUGGAAAAGGCUUGGCCUUGUGGGAAUUCAUUACUAACCAGGAUCUAAAAUGCCAAAGCACCUCUCUUCUGCUUCUUUGACACUAUAAAGUCUUUUGUUUUCAUUUUGACUUUUACAGAAUUGCAGGUAUCACAGAGAAGAAUCAUCUUCAUUAGCCCAAUGAUCAUCAAGGACAUGAACUUUGCUGUUUUAACUUAAAUGGAUGAGAAGGUCAACAGCCCAUAAGGGGAGCUCCUUUGGUGUUCAGCAUGGCAGCAAGUGGUGGUGAAAGCCAGUUGCAGCGGAUUAUCAGGGACUUGCAAGAUGCUGUGACUGAAUUAAGCAAAGAAUUUAAAGAAGGAGGGGAACCAAUCACAGAUGACAGUGUCAACUUGCAAAAAUUCUCCUACAAGCUCGAGUACCUUCUACAGUUUGACCAGAAAGAAAAGAACUCGUUGCUGGGGAACAGAAAAGACUACUGGGAUUAUUUCUGUGACUGUCUAGCAAAAGUCAAGGGAGCUAAUGAUGGAAUCCGCUUUGUCAAGUCUAUUACAGAACUACGAACAUCUCUUGGAAAAGGAAGAGCAUUUCUUCGUUACUCCCUGGUGCACCAGAGGCUAGCAGACACCUUGCAGCAGUGUUUUAUGAACACCAAGGUGACCAGUGACUGGUACUACGCAAGAAGUCCAUUUCUCAAUUCCAGGAUGAGUUCUGACAUUGUGGGUCAUCUCUAUGAGCUGACUGAUGUUCAGUUUGACUUGGCAUCAAGAGGCUAUGAUUUAGAUGCUGCCUGGCCAGCAUUUGCCAGGAGGACACUGUCCUCACUUGGAUCUUCUGCAUAUUUAUGGAAGCCCCCAAGUCGCAGUUCCAGCAUGAGCAGUUUAGUGAGCAGUUAUUUGCAGGCCCAGGAGUUCCCCUCCAGCCCUGAUGCAAAUAACUCACUAAAUGUUGAACACCUUGAGGGCUUUGAAGAGAUGCGUGUAGAACUUGACCAGGCUGAGUUGAGGCAGAGGGAACUUCAAGAUCGUAUUCACCAGCUAGAAAUGGAAAAUCAGGAGCUCCAGGCAGCUGUCAGCCUUCAGAAGGAACAAGUACAGGUAGAAAAGGAGAAGAGCAAUAACUACAAUGAGGAGAACUCCCGGCUGACAAAGAUGAUCACAGAGUUACAGAAACAGUGUGAGGUCUCACACUCCACUCAGAGCACUGUUCAUGACCUGCAGAAGUGCCUGCAGUCACUAGAGCUGAAUGCAGUGGAGCAGCAGAAGGAAUAUUCAACAAAACUCGAGCAGCUCAUGGCCAGCAAGGAAGACUAUGCCUCAAAACUGCAGGUGUUGAAUCAGGAGCUGGAGGCCUCUAAGGCUUUGGUUGCUAUGAAGGAUCAUUGCAUUGAUGAGCUCAAAGCCAAGCUGAGUUCCACAGAACAGAAGAACAUCAAUCUCCUUGCAAAAGUUGAUGCUGCCUUGGAGGAAAGGGGACAGCAAGCCACAGCCCACUGUGAUUCUGCCCUACAGGUACAUGCACUGUUAGAGAAGCUUCAGGAAUCAGAAAAGGAAAAGGCAGGCAUGCAAAGACUCAAUAAUGAGCAAGCGUCUCAGCUGAAAGCAAUGAGGGAGGAGCUGCAGCUGAAAGAAGAGGCACAGAAGGAGCUGGAAUCUAGAUACAAUCACCUCACUGCUGACUCCAAAGAAGAGGAUGAAAAGCUGCUUGGGAGGCUGGAAUCCAUGGCAAAGGAAAUGGAAGCACUUCAGAAGGCCCUAACCCUGAAAGAAAAGGAAGUGUCUGAGCUCCAGACCCAGGUAAUGGGGUCGCUGGCUCAGGUGGGGUCACUGGAAAAAAGUCUUGAGGAAGCAAGGAAAGAAAAAGAGAAACUUGAGGAGGAAUAUGGUAGGAAGGAAGGAACACUGAAACAGGAAGCCCAGUCACAAGCAGAGCAACUUGAACUGCAGGAGGGUCGCUUAGCAAAGGUGAGUCAGUCUGUGUAUAGCCUUGAGGAGCAAAACCGGAAUCUCUUGUCUGAGAAGGAGCAUCUCGGCCAGAAAGUCAAGGAGCUGGAGGAGCAGAUGGAGCAGCAAAACUCUGCAGUGAGUGAAAUGGGUGAGGAGGGCAGGAAGCUGAAAGCAGAGAAUGUGGAUUUGCAGCAGUCCAAGAAGAAGAUGGAAGGGAAGCUGAAAAAUCUGGAAGCUUCUAAAGCCUCCCUGGAAGCUGAGGUAGCCAGGCUGAGAGCCUCUGAGAAACAGCUUCAGAGUGAGAUAGAUGAUGCCCUGGUGUCAGUUGAUGAGAAAGAGAGGAGGCUCCGGAGUGAGAACAAACAGCUGGAUGAAGACUUGCAGAAUGCCAGGAGGCAAAGCCAAAUCCUGGAGGAGAGAUUAGAGGCUCUGCACUCAGACUAUGAAGAACUAAAGCAAAGAGAAGAGACCAUGAAGGAGUUUUACGCCUCACUUGAAGGACAGCUGAAGAGUGCCAAACAGCACAGUUUACAAAUGGAAAAAAGCUUAGGCACUUUGGAAGAAAGCAAAGAGUGUCUCCAGACACAGCUCUCGGAGAAGGAACUAAAACUGCAAGACAUGGAGAGCCAGUGUGAGCAGCUAAGAGCAGAAGCUGAAAGACAUAGGAAGAAGUCAGAGGCUCUUGAGGUAGAAAAGCUCAGUGUUGAAAAGACAUGCCUUCAUCAGACAAAGCUUAUAGAAUCCCUCACAUCAGAAAAGGAAUCCGUGGAAGAACAUCAGCUACAGCAGGCAGCUUCUCUGGAGAAGGAGGCAAAAGAGCUGACCUCCAGACUGGCCAUGAGUGAAGAGCAGCUGGAGGUCAGCCGUGGUGAAGUGUCUAGACUGCAAGCAGAGGUCCUUGACCUGCGAGUCAAGCUUCAGCAGGCUGCUGAUGAGAGAGAGCAGAUGAGAGGUGAGCUGGCAGUCACAGAGGCUUCCUUGGGAGAGCAGAAGGCGCUUGUCCAGCAGCUUAAAGAGCGGAGUGAGUCACUCAACAGAAACCAUGUGCAAGAACUGGUGCAAUGUAAAGAAAGAGAAGAAGUGCUGAAAAAAGAGCAUGAGACAGCAGCCCACCAAAAAGCUCAGCUAGAAAUUGAUUUGCUGAGCAUGAAGGAAGAGCUAUGCAAGGUUAAGCAGUGCCUGGAAGUUGCUAGAAUAGAAAAUGAAGAAAACAAAGAUCUCCUCCACAGGACCAACACAGAUAUGGCUGAACUUGGUAUUCAGAUUUGUGCCUUGACCUCUGAAAAGGUGGAUGCAGAAGAGCAGUUAGCCCAGGCUACAAAAAGCUUCAAAGAACUGGAAGAACAGGCAGCCAAGCAACAGGAGAAGCUGAAGCUUGAUAUCUCUAAUCUCAGACAGGAGAACAAGAGCCUUCAAGAGAAAUUAGAGGAGGCUCAAGUAUGUGCCUCAGCUGUCCCAAGUCUGCAAUUGCAGCUGGAGGCAGCAACGAAACGGGCACAGAGUUUCCAAGAGACCAGCCAAGAAGAGCUGUCUGCAAUAAAAUUUCAAAUGAGCACUGAGAUUCUAAAUUGUCAGACAAAAUUCAAGGCUACAAACACAAGCUUGUCUAGAAAGCUGGAUGAAGCAAGAGAGCUGCUGUCUGAAUCAGAAUCUGCUCGGCUGCAGAAAGAAGAAGAGGUGGCAUCUCUGAGAGAACUCUUGGAAAGGAUGCAAAAAGAAGCUGAGGAAGCAAAAGAGAAGGUCCUGGAUUACAGUGAGAAGCUCCGCAAGGUGGCAGCAGACAAAGACAGAAGCGACCAGAAGUUAUUUGCUGAAGUGGAUGAUCUGACAAGAACAAAACAGUUCCUUGAAGAACGUUUGAUAGAACUUAUCAGAGAUAAAGAUGCUCUGUGGCAAAAAUCAGAUGCUCUGGAGUUCCAGCAGAAGCUUAGUGCAGAGCAAAGGUGGCAGGGGGACACGGAGGUUAACCACUGCCUGGACUGCCAGAAAGAGUUCUCAUGGAUGGUGCGCCGACACCACUGCAGAAUGUGCGGUCGCAUUUUCUGCUACUACUGCUGCAACAACUACAUGGUGACAAAGCCUGGUGGAAAGAAGGAGCGUUGCUGCAGAGCUUGCUUUAAUAAGCCUAGAGUCAUUGUGGACAGUACAGAUGACUCUGGAUCCAGUGCCAACCAGGAAGGAUCACCAGCUUCACUGGAAUCACCCGUGUCACCAUCCGAGGGGGCUUUUGGUGAAGCCUCGAAACCACCAGAUGAUGCAGCAUUUGAUAUAAUCACUGAUGAGGAGCUGUGCCAAGUACAGGAAUCGGACUCUCUCCACAGUGAAAGUCAGAUGGAGCAAGAUUCUCUGGAUCAAAGCGUGACAGAUCUAAACAGCACGUGCAAUUCUUCAACCUUUGAUGAAUCGGAAGAGUGGCAAGUUGCUCAAGAUGCUGAGAUAUGCUUGUUGAAGUCAGGAGAAAUCAUGGUCAGAUUACCCCUUACAGUGGAAGAGAUCUUAAAUUUUGGGGAAAGCAACAAAGAGCUGUUCAUUAAGUCCAGCACCUACAGUAUCAUUCCCAUCACUGUUACAGAGACAGGGCUAACAAUCAGCUGGAUCUUUUCAUCAGACCCUAAAAGCAUAUCCUUCAGCGUUGUCUACCAAGAAUCAGAGGACACACCGCUGGAGCAGUGCAAAGUCCUUAUUCCUAUGACCCGCUGCAACUCUCAUAAGGAAACUAUCAGAGGACAGGUGAAAGUCAGAAACUCUGGAAUCUACACGCUGAUAUUUGACAACACAUUCUCUAGGUUUAUCUCAAAGAGAGUGUUCUAUCACUUGGCUGUCGAGCGACCUGUCAUCUAUGAUGGAAGUGAUCUUCCAUAGCCUUGACUUAUACUGUGUUAUUUUAAAUUAAUUUUUUAAGAAAUGAUCUUAUUUAUGUACACAGAAGCAUUAUGAUUACCACUGUAUUUGAAGACUUUGAAACUAUGCAAUAGUUAUAAUGCACUUAGAGAAUGUGUAUACACUAAAAAUGGAAGUCUUUUUAGGAACACUAAUGGUUCUGUACUGUGUACAGAUUGCUGAAAAGCCAUGUUCUUUGAUGUAACAGGUCGAGAAUCAGUUUCAGUGCAGAGAAAAAUAAGUGUGGGGGAGUGUUAAUGCAAAGUGAAAUUUUGAUUCCUUCCAAAAAUCUCCGUCAAAAGGAAAUUUAAGAAAAAAAGAA